AUGAUAAAGGCGACCCUACAGAAAUCGGACCCUCCAUUCCUGACGACAUUCGAAUUCUUCGACGAUAACCACACUGCUUCACUGAAAUGGCUGGAUCCAUUCGCAAACAUCAGUCUGAACUCCAAGACCCUGUCAGUAACCGUCAUGUCUCUGCCAACCACAGCUGCGAAGAGCGACGACUGCCGAUUCGGAUACAAACUCAUCUCCGGGGCCUGCUUCCGACUCGACUUCCGAGAAAUGAGCUAUGGUGACGCCUCAGAAGCCUGCAAGGGAGAGGGAGCGAGGCUAGCGAUGCCCAAAACAAAAGAAUUGGACAUGGCCUUAAGUAGACUGGUCUACAAGGAAGGCGAAAACAAGAUUUAUUACAUCGGGCUGAGGGGCGCCUUCAGUCUUUGGGCGAGACGCUGGGUUUGGGACGAUGGGUCUCCAUUGGGAAAGUACAAGGGCUGGAAUCCAGGUGAGCCGGCUAGCAGGAACCUUUGGAUGAAACUGUGCGUGCAGUACUGGUCAGGUGUCACUGGGUUUCCCAUGUGGGAUGAUUAUUCCUGCGAUGUAAAACGCAGGUUUAUUUGUCAACAAGCACCACUAGCUUUGUCUUAUCAGUGA